AUGCCGAGGGGUAUACCCAGCUACAAAUCCGGCUUGGGUUAUGGCCAAGAAAUCGAUAAUCAGAUACCCCUCAAAUUCACGUCGUUCAGUGUCCCUUUGGUCAUGCCAUUCACCGCCAAGUUCGCAACUUCAACCUAUGUCAAGACCGAUCAACAGUCCAUCUUCACGCGUACGGAUAACGGCAGGAUAGGAAAGCGGAAGAGGGAAGAAGAAGAAGAAGAAGAAGACGUUCGAGAAAGCACACCACCCCCUCAGGGACCGCGAGGGUCGAAUAUCAUUGUCAUACAUCCCGGCACGCGCUACACCCGCGUUGGACUCGCGUCGAGUUUGACGCCGGCGACUAUACCCAGUGUGGUUGCGCGGAAAUCCGAGCAUGCGGCAGAACAGCGGCACCCCAACGGAACGCCUCUGUCGCAUGAAUACGAGAGGAAUAGACGCAUCGAGAAGUCCAAGGCGCUCAAGGCAGACGGACUAAUUGACGAGACUGUGGAUGUUACGAAUCCAUUUGAUUCGAACAUCAUCAUGCAGGAAGACCAAAAACGGGCGAACAGUGUGCCUGCGCUGCGGAAAAUGAUGAGGCAGCGAUUCGAUCAAUUAAAACUGCAGUGGUAUCCGAAUGCACAUGUUAAUGUGUUCAAGUCUAACUCUCAUUCCCGUGCAAAACCAGUCGAAGAGAACUACGAAAGCCACAGGCCGAACUGGACGGUGCCAAACCCAGAUGAGCACUUCAUCGUGGGCCAGAGGGCGCUUGACCUUCCGGAUCCGGCAGCUGCCGGUUAUGAGCUACAUUGGCCAUUUUGUGGUGUCAUGUUCGAUAUGAAGAACUACAAAGACCCGGCUAUGUUGUUGAACGAUGUAGAGACAUUGUGGGAGGAGGCGAUCAAGGAGGCGCUGAACAUCCAUCAACGCUCGUACAAGCACUACUCUGUGAUGCUGGUUAUCCCUGAUUGGUACGAAUGGCAUUACCUCAGAGAUUCGGUGAAUAUUCUAUUGCACAACAUGGGGUUCCAGGCGGUAUGUGUACAGCAAGAAUCUGCCUGUGCUGCAUAUGGUUCUGGUCUAGGCAACGCAUGUGUGGUGGACAUGGGCGCCAAGAAGAUCAGUAUAGCAUGCGUCGAGGACGGUUCUAUCAUGACGGAAACCCGAAUGGUGCUGAAUUAUGGUGGAGAUGAUAUCUCUCUGAUCCUCAAUACGAUGUUGGAGCGCUGUCAUUUCCCAUUCGUUAAAUUGGACCCUGGUUUACCUUGGGGAUGGAAGAUUCUGGAGGAAAUCAAAACCGAGCAUUGCACGCUUGCUGAUAGAUCUUUGAUAACAAACUCUUGGGACAUUGUCAUACGUCUUCCCAACGAAACACCUCAAAAAUACAAAUUCUGGUUGUACGAUGAGGUCAUGGUUCCGCCGAUGCUUCUCUUUGAGCCCCGAGGACUUGAAUGGGACGAGUCGAUAUGGAAGACAGCAAACCUCUAUGAUCCCGAGGUUGACGCAUUCGGAGAUCUUCCUCCUACUGGACCAACUCAGGCCAUGGUUGGAUCUACGGCGCAUAUAACUAAUCAAACUAUCGCGCACGAGCGACAAGAGGACGAAAAGCAACGAGAACACUUAGCUCGACACCAGGCUGCCUUGGAAGCUUGGAACAACAGUCGAAUAAUGGUUGAAGCACAGACACCGCCUGCGAACGGCGAAAUCAGAUCCUCGUCGCAGUUCUCGCGCCAGCAGACGCCUAACCCACAGACGCCAGGAAGUGGUACACCUCGGGGAAACCCGACACCGACUCAGCCGACCAAUAAUGUCGUCUGGCGGCCUCCUGUGUUAGUCGCAGCAGGUGAUGUAGCCCCUACAACGAAUGGCACGCAUACAGCCAACUCUCCGAGCGAAGAGCGACAUCCUCCGGGCUUGAACGCUACGAUCAAGAUUCCAUCCAUGACUUCACCAACUGUGGUCAACCAUCAGCAGUCGCCUGCGCCAUCUGGGCACAUGGCGAAUGGCACACGGCCUGAUACUCCUGGUCCGCCACCCACGCUCACGCCAUUUGUGCGAAGUCCUCCGCCGUUUUACGAUAUAGCAUUUGAAGCGAGCAAGAUCCCGCUCGAUAUCGCCAUCUUCAAUAGCACGCGGGCUGCAUCGCACGUUGAGAAGUCAAGAAAAUUCUUGCAAUCCGUCUUACUCGUAGGCGGGGUGGCUCUUACUCAAAGUAUUAUUCCGCAGUUGGAGUCGAGGUUGGCACACCUCGUGUCCCGUUAUCUUCCUGGGUCAGACGACCGGGUCAAGCCGCAGGUAAUAACGCCGAAAGACAUGGAUCCGCGAAUCGUCGUGUGGAAGGGCGCAGCACUGUUUUCAAGGCUAGAGACCGCUUCUGACCUAUGGAUCAAGAAUGAUGAAUGGGAGUUGCUCGGUACCAGGGCUUUCAAGGAGAGGACGUUGUUCAUAUGA